UCGCCCUCGCCAUCCUCAUCACAAGCAGCAGAAGAACAAGAAGCAUUUCUUCCUUCUUCAGCUCCUCACUCCCCGGUAGCUCUUGCCUGUGUUUGAGAGGAUGUCUUGCUGCAGCGGCAACUGCGGGUGCGGCUCCGGCUGCAAGUGCGGCUCCGGCUGCGGCGGAUGCAAGAUGUUCCCUGAUGUGGAGGCCACUGCCACUGCCACCACGACCAUGGUCAUCGCUGCUGCCACCCACAAGGGGACUUCCGGCGGGUUCGAGGCGGCGGCGGAGAACGGCGGCUGCGACUGCACCACCUGCAAGUGCGGCACCAGCUGCGGCUGCUCCUGCUGCAGCUGCAACUGAGUGACGCCUAACCUGCACGAGGAGGAGACCCUCACUGCACCACCCAGCGUAUUAGUAGCGUCUGUCUAAAUAAGAUCUUGUCAACUGCACCGUGUGCCAUUCAUGGUCCGGCCUUGCUACUUCCUGGGGUUACCUUAAUGUGUGGUGAUCGAUGAUGCCAUCCAUCUUGUACUCCUCGUGCCAGGUUUAAUAUAUGUAUGGGUCUCAACCUUAACUGAA